AUGCCGGUGUUCAAGGCGCCGUUUAACGGCUACUCAGUGAAAUUCAGUCCCUUCUACGAGUCACGCCUCGCCGUCGCCACCGCUCAGAACUUCGGGAUCCUCGGAAACGGCCGGAUCCAUGUGCUCGAUCUCUCCCCUGGAGCUCCCGGCGUCACCGAAACCGUCGCUUUCGAUACAUCCGACGCAGUAUACGACGUCUGCUGGUCGGAAUCUCACGACUCCGUACUCGUCGCCGCCAUCGGCGACGGCUCCGUGAAGAUAUACGACACAGCUCUCCCUCCGCCUUCAAACCCGAUUCGAUCCUUCCAGGAGCACGGGCGCGAGGUACACUCCGUCGAUUACAACCCCACGCGGCGGGAUUCAUUUCUCACGGCGUCGUGGGACGAUACGGUGAAGCUCUGGGCCAUGGAUCGUCCCGCGAGCAUCAGGACAUUCAAGGAGCACGCGUACUGCGUUUACCAGGCGAUCUGGAACCCGAAGCACGGCGAUGUGUUCGCAUCCGCUUCCGGUGACUGUACCCUGAGGAUCUGGGACGUGAGAGAGCCCGGAUCCACCAUGAUCAUCCCUGCUCACGAUUUCGAGAUACUCUCCUGUGACUGGAACAAGUACGACGACUGCAUUUUAGCCACUUCUUCCGUGGACAAGACGAUCAAGGUGUGGGACGUGAGGAGCUACAGAGUUCCUCUGGCUGUGCUCAAUGGCCAUGGAUAUGCGGUGAGGAAAGUGAAAUUCUCGCCGCACCGAAGGAAUUUGAUUGCUUCUUGCUCGUACGAUAUGACUGUAUGUCUCUGGGACUACAUGGUGGAGGAUGCUCUGGUGGGUCGUUAUGAUCAUCACACUGAGUUUGCUGUUGGGAUCGAUAUGAGUGUUCUUGUUGAAGGUUUAAUGGCGAGCACGGGUUGGGACGAGCUUGUUUACGUAUGGCAGCAAGGGAUGGAUCCGAGAGCGAGUUGA